GCCUCUCCUUGCCAUUCAGAAGCAUGGCAAGCAUUGCAGAUUUGGCACCAACUUUAACUGCCAUGGCUUCUCGCUAUGGAAAACUGACAGGGAAGUGCCUGUAAAACUACAGCUCCCAGGCUUGCAUAGAAUUGCUGUCUAUGCGUAGCUCUGAGAAGUGCAUCACAAUGGCCACAAUGGGCAGGCUGGGCUCUUCAGGCCAAUGGAGACUCCACCAAAGACAACAGAAUUGCUGCAAGGAAAAGAACAACCCAGGAGAUGAAAGAUCCACCCAGAGGAAAAGGGUUCUUACCAUACAUCAAGGGAACCACCAACCACAUAGGGAAGCUGAUGAAGAAACACAACCUACAAAACUAUCUACAGACCUACUAAGAAAAUCCAACAAUUCUACCUAACUUGAUACCUCAGAGCCUUUGACUACCGCCAUCAUGACCCACGCGAAGUCUCGAAAUCUUAAAAAGAGUGUAUAUGCCAUGAAUGCUCCUGAUCCAUACAAAUAUGGUGGUCCCAACACGUUGCGUUCGCAUAGCCAUGUGAUGCCAAGGGUCCCCCCUUGCGUCGUGGGGAAAGCAGCUGGAAUUCAAGAAACAAGAUCAUCCACCAAAAUCGCAAGCAAUCUCAUAGCAGAAGGAAAGACACAUGCCAGCAAAUUUUUCCCGGCAUCCUUAGGUAACGAGAACUAUUCUUCGGGUAUGUUUAAAACUCUGCAAAAGGAAAAUCUACAACUAACAGAUUGCCUGAAGGAAAAGGAUUCAAUAAUAACCAAAUUGAUGAGAAUAAUUGAAGAACAGGCUACCAAGUAUAAUACAGCAAUUGCACUGGAAAAAGAGCAUCAGAAAGAGACUGAAAGACGACUGGAGGAAUCAGAGAAUUUAAUUAAGGAUCAGAUCCAGCUGCUUGAUGAAACGAUAAGACAUUAUACAAAAAUCAUUCAAGAACAAUACACUCAGCAUGCAGAGCUGGUGUCUGAAAUGAAAAAGCAGAAUGAGGCCGAUAUAAAGUGCAGGGAAGAAAAGAUUGCCAAGCUAAAGGAAUACAUUUCUGAGACCUUCCAAGAAAAAUCCCGUGAACAUCAACAACAGAUCGAUGAACUGAUGCGAGAAAUAAGUAAAUUCACUCAGAAAUCACAAAUUCUUAAAACUUGAAAAGGAACCACAUCAAAAAAGGAAUUUUUAAAAGAACAAGAAUUUAACUGUAUCUUUGAAAGGGACUGAUUCACAAUACUUCAAUCAGGUUGAACAAAAGCAUCAAACACAGACGAUGUGUAUAAGUAGGUGAAGGACUAUGUUAAAUUGGAUUUCUACCAGGGUUGCUCUGAAUCUUCCAGAAAAUCAUAUGCAAGAAGUGAUACCUCUUAUCCUAAAGAAACCGUGAACCAAUCAAAAAAUGACAGUUUUACUAUUCUUGGUAUAAUCAUCCCCAACACAUUAUGAAAGACUUCUUACUUGUCACAACCUUCAGCCUCUGUCAAGAAUAAAGAUGAGAAUGUCACUUUUCCUA